AUGCAAUUUUCAACUAGAUUAGACCUUAAUGACAAUAAUAGUGGUCACACUGCCGUCAUUAUCGGUGGAUCGAAGGUGGUCGUGUUCGGAGGCCUUCUAGAUAAGAAGUUUCUCAGCGAUAUCGUCGUCUAUGACAUUGAUAACAAAUUGUGGUUUCAGCCAGAGUGCACUGGUGGCUCUGAUGGACAAGUCGGUCCAAGCCCGCGAGCCUUUCACGUUGCUGUUGUGAUUGAUUGUCAUAUGUUCAUCUUUGGUGGGCGUUCCGGUGGCAAGAGGUUAGGUGACUUUUGGGUCCUGGAUACUGAUAUAUGGCAAUGGUCAGAGUUAACAAGUUUUGGCGACUUACCUUCUGCACGAGAUUUUGCUGCAGCUUCAGCUAUUGGAAAUCGGAAAAUUGUUAUGUAUGGUGGCUGGGAUGGUAAAAAGUGGUUGUCAGAUGUGUAUGUCAUGGAUACAAUAUCACUAGAGUGGAUGGAGCUGUCAGUUACUGGAUCAUUGCCACCAGCAAGAUGUGGCCAUACAGCUACCAUGGUUGAGAAAAGGUUGCUUGUCUAUGGUGGCAGAGGAGGUGGAGGUCCAAUCAUGGGUGAUUUAUGGGCUCUGAAGGGUCUAAUCGAAGAAGAGAAUGAAACACCUGGAUGGACCCAAUUGAAGCUUCCUGGUCAAGCUCCUUCUCCACGUUGCGGCCAUACCAUCACAUCGGGAGGGCACUAUCUGUUGCUAUUUGGUGGCCAUGGAACGGGUGGCUGGUUGAGUCGUUAUGACAUUUAUUACAAUGACUGCAUUGUUUUAGACAGGGUUUCUGCGCAGUGGAAGCGCUUGCCUACUGGCAAUGAACCCCCUCCUGCUCGAGCAUAUCAUUCUCUAACAUGCAUGGGUUCGCGUUAUCUGUUAUUUGGUGGCUUUGAUGGAAAAUCAACAUUUGAUGAUCUAUGGUGGUUGGUUCCCGAAGAGGACUCUAUUGCAAAGAGAUUACUUUCAACUUCACCAACCAAUCUUCCUCAAAAUAAGGAUGUGGUGAUGGAAAAUAACAAUGUCCAAUCUGAAGGCAAGGAGAGCCAAAUGGAAGAAUCUGUUGUUUCAGAGUUACAAAAAAGAUUAGGAAUAUCAGUUUCUCUCCUUGAUAAUGGUGUUCCAAUUGUGGAUGAGUUGGAAGACGGAGAAUUUGUUCAACUAGCAUCGAGUCUGGUUGGAGAAAGAGUUUUUAGUAAUCAACAGGUUUCAGAUAUUCAGGCACUUCGUGACCACUGGAGGAAAUCUACACCAAGACAUAUACCACUUAAAGAGCUUGGACCCUUGCUUCGGGACUACCAACGGUUGAUUACUCGUCGUCUUCAGGCGAAUAGUGGAUCUCAUGUGCAGUUCAUCGAGUCUAGUUUUCCUGGAAAAGUGGCUUAUGGUUUUUAUCAUAUCAGAAAUGUUAAGCAGUUGCGUAUGGAUGACAUCCCAAAGCUGCUGGCAGAGUACAAACAACUACUGCCAAAUUAA